AUGCUUCUUCCGAAGCUGCUAUUUGACCCUGCCCGCAGGCACGGGCAAGUCUUUGCGCUGUUGAAGAGCCUUCCACAAUCUGUGUCACGACGGUUCUUAAGCAGCGGAAAACAGCAGGGGAGGCUGAGGAGAGGCAUAGCAGCCCGGUGUGAUGAUGGGUCUCAACAGUCAGAGAAACGCUCGAAAGAGUGUGGAAGGAAAAGGAAUGCGCUGUGGGCAAGAAUUGCAACGACAGCAGCCGUUGCAGCAGCUGCUGCUGCAACGGCACCAACAACGGCCCAGUGCAGCGGUUCUUGGCAGUGGCACCUGCGACAGCCCUUGCUGCCGCCCUUCCGCCUGAGUGCGUAUAGCCUCGCAGCUCCUGGAGAAUUCGAGGCUCAACGAGGUGGCCAAAAAGAGGCCCCCAGCAACCAAUUCGAGGGCCGGGGGGGGGGCCCCCAGCGGCCGCAGGAGGAUUCUAAGGAGCAUUACUUCUCUCCACUUUCCGGAGGAGUCGGUUUUGCUGAGAACAAGGUCCCCAAGGAAUGCAAGAACGGUCCCUUCUCGCGCUCUUCUGAUCCUGUUGACUGCUCGACAAGUCGCAUUGCAAGUGAGGAGGAGCUGCUGCGGCUGCCCCUGAGCCACGUCCUGCAGCUGCUGCCGCCGUCUACUGCGGCAGCGCUGAAAUCCACAGUUCUGCCUUUCUUUUUUGCACCGGAUAUGCAUGCGCUCCCACAUGGCAUAGGAUCUCAAAGAGACUGCCGCUGUGGAGACUCUUCCAAACCUCAAGAGGCGCAUUCAGAGGGAGGCCAGAAGGAGGGGGCCAUCUUCUCCAACGAGGCAGCUUCAUCCGCGAGGCAGACGCCUCAGGGAAGCCCCUCAAGGGCCCCCCCUCCACAGGCGGCUUCCAUCGGGGGGACGCAACAACGUGCCUCAGCUCAACAAGACACCCUUCCCAAGGGGGUAUUUGAGCCAUGCGCAAGCCUAAUAUCCCCCGACAAAACUCACCGCAGCCCCCCGCAGUCUCUAGGCACCCAUCGGCACGUAAGGCCCGCUUUGCACCAGCAGUCAGCGAAAGAAGCUCUGCAAGGCUCUCUUGAGCCACCCCAGCAGCAACAGCAGCAAGAGCAGCAGCAAGAGCAGCAGCAAGAGCAGCAGCAACAGCAUCAACACCUGCAGCAGCAACAGCAGCAACAUCAACAGCAACACCUGCAGCAGCAUCAACAGCAAGCAGCAGCAAGCAUUGGGGUGGGGCCUUCCUCCUCGCCCUCCAGAUGUCACCCUUUGCUCGCCAGCCAGGGGGCCCUUGGAGGCAAAGACCCCUCGGAGGGCCUCCCCCCUCCCCCCCUUGCGAAUCACUCUUCCCGGAUUUCCGAAUAUGAGCCGCCCUACUGGUGCAGCACAGGCAACAGCAACAGCAGCAACAGCAGCAGCAGCACGCUUCCGUUGCCUCCGCAAGACGAACAAAUAGUGCCGACCCUCGCGAAACGGCUGCAACAGCAAGGCAUCCUGAGGGAGGCCCCUUGGAUAUCGCCCUCAGUCCCCGCUACUGCUCGCAGCAACAGCCCCCCCCCCCCUUGCAGCAUUUCCUGCAGCAGCAGCAUGACCUCGGCUGAAGGCGGCCAUGACUCUCAAGACUUCUGCAGUCUCGAUGAAGAGGGAAAAGGACGAAUUUCCCCUGCAGAACAGGGCACCGAAAGAGCUUUUCACCAAACCUCCAACAAGAAAGGCUCCAGCACUUUUCUAAGGAGGCGGCCAGACCGCGUAGUGAUGCAAAGAAGCAACAGACCUGAGGUGCCAGACUUCUCGUAUGUCGAAAGCAUCGUCAGAAACGAAUGCUGGCGGCGCAAAACCAAACGGCAGCAGCAGCAACAGCAGCAACAACAACAACAGCAACAGCAACAGCAGCAACAGCAGCAGCAGCAACAGCAACAGCAACAGCAACAGCAGCAACAGCAGCCGCAGCAGCAACAGCAGCAGCAGCAGCAGCAGCAGCGGCAGCAGGAACCCCAGCUCUUACAGCAUCCACAAAAACAGCAGCCGCAGCAGCAGAGGAGGACACUUGCGGAUGCUGUAGCCCUUACUGCUGCCUCUACUGUGGCCACCACUGCUUCUGACAACGACAGAGACACAGACUCUGUCAGCGCUCCUACGCAAGAUGCCACUUACCCCCCACAACGGACUCCCGAAGGUGCCGCAGCAGACUGGCAGCCUCGACUCCCCCCGCAACCGAUGCACCAAGACGCCUUGGAAGAGGGUUUUAGUCCGUCGUGCAGUUACAUUCCCUAUGUGCCUCACCGCAGACGUUCCGCACGGGAAGCCGUGGCAGGAGCCUCCAGUGAGGAGUCCGUGGGGCCCCCCGGGGAGGCCAGGCGCAUGCAGCCUCAUCGGACCGACGAGGACGUUGGUUCGACGGACGAAAACACAACGGCUAAAUGGACAGAAGACUUUGGGAAGAUGCAGAUGAGAGAAAAAGAUGCAAGACCAGUAGUUUACGCCGCCUGCGGUCUCCGCGCUCUAUCCGUAUCUUCUCAAAUGUCUUGCUUGUGCACACACGCAAAGGCGUCUGCUGCUGAUCCCGUGCAUCCUGCGUGCCCCUAA